AUGUCGAGUGAUAAGAAUUUCUUCUGGCACGGCAUUUUGAAUCUUAAUGAUCUUGGUGCACAUGCUUUCUUCGAUGUAAAGAUCAAGAAGAACGUCCCAGAUGCUCCAAAUCAAGUUGGUAUUAUGACCAGCGAUAUUCCUCCACUUCCAAUGAACGAAUCAGAUACACUUCACGUCACAUUCCUCCUAGAGAAUAAUGUUGGUCUUAAUACUGUUCGUUAUCGUGUAGCUGAAGCCUCAUUCCCAGGCAAUCAACUCUAUCAAGCAAUCAAAGAAGUUGCUGGACCACAAACAACAAUAUCUGUACCAUACGAAAAAGGCGAAUGGCAGUUUUCAAAGCAAGGAACAACAUGGAUUUUGCGCCAAAUUCUUUUAUAUGUUCCAAUGGCACAAUUAAGGAAGUUCAUCAAGGACCCAUAA